CGCUGUUUACAUUAUUAAUGAGGCCGCGGAAACUGAGACCGUGUGUCAAGAAAGAGAAGCCGAACUUAGUAUAAAGAUUAUGGCAGGAGCAGGAAGCUUUUAAAAACUAACGGGGAACUGCUGAGGGACCUGUUCACUGAGUCAGAGUCAGAAUCCUUACUGUACAUGUUCUAUCAGAGAGAACGUACCCAUGGAAGGAAGUGCGGUGAAAUCAAAUGAUGACGAACAGGGACAGGACACACCGACUGUGCUGUGGGAAAAGUGCAUCCAGCAGAGCAUAAUUGUUGACCUAAGUGAAGAUGAAAGUCUCCAUUUUAGUGACCUGGAGGCAUCUUUUGCUUUGCAUGUCUCACAGGCAGAGUCUGCUGCAUCAGAGGCCAGCAUUCAUGUCAGUGGGAGUACAGAGUUAUCAGCCUUGGAUGACACCUCAUCAGAGUGCAGUAUUAGCAGCAGCCAGAGUGAUAAGGCAGGAGAGAGGAAAAAUGCUAGCUUAUUACAUGUGAUCGCCCAAAGACUGACAACAAUGAAGGACAAGCCGCUCAUUGUCCAGGGGUACGAGGACCCCGGGCACAAUACCAGUGAUGAAGACCAUGAGGACCUACCUUAUGAUGGUGACCUUGGAAGCUGCUAUUUUAACCAUACAUUUAACUCUGAGGGCACUGUGAGCUCUGAAGGGAGAGAAACUGUUCAUGGAAGCCCCGAUGCUCCUGAAUUUACAACACAAGAUAAAGAGGCUGUUGAGCCUUUGGGUUUUGGUGGCACUAAUGCUGACACACCCAAAAUUUUGUCACAAAAUUAUAACAACAUUAACCCAGACAACUGUUGUUACACCUCUAAGCCAGAUGACGUUGUGCCAUCAUGCCCUCGACUACCUGAUGGAGACCAACACUGUCAGUUUAAGCACUUGUUGCUACGACACUUCUCCCAGGAGGAGCUGCUUUGUUCAGGCAGACUUAUUGAGGCAGAGACCCUACCAGAGGUGUCCCUGGUAGACAGUAUGGAUGACACCAUUUUUAGCUGUGCUCCAUUAUGCACCAGCACAGAAAUCAUUAGAAACCACACAGAAAGUUCUGAGAUCAACCACAGCUUCUGCAACGCACAUGGGAGAGGAACUGAUGAAGACAAUGAUACCAUAUCUGAAAUUUCAAAAUCACAAGACGAUUUGGGAGAGAAAAUUAAUGACACAGGCAGUGCUGCUUACAGCGAUACGUUGAGCUCUUUCAGUGCAGAUGCUAAACAGAGCAGUGGGAAUAACAGUGCUGUAGAAGUACUGAAAUUGAAACAGGCUAAACAGGAGAGUCCAGCUCAGAAUGUCGCCCUUGUUCGCACCAGGUCUUUUACUGAGAUGAAGUAUGGGCAAGGCCAAGUUCAUUACCCUCUACCUGACUUUUCUAAGGUGGCUUCUAAAGUUAAAAUCCCUAAAGCUCCAAGUUGUCUAGCAAGGCCAGUCGCUCAAUCCUCCCGCUCUGUGACAAGAACCCAAUCUUCCCCAGGGAUGCUAGACUUAGUCAGCAGAAUACUAGAGGAUUCAAUCCAGUCAUCAGAACCGUAUGUCUUCAAAGACCAGGACAAAGAGAUAGCUGCAGCAAUGGACCAUCGCCUGCAGGCCGAAUACGACAGUUUGCUUUCCAAAUAUCCUGACGCAGAGAAUCUUAUGGCUCAAGUUGGAAACAAGACUGAGCACUCAGAAAUGCGAUACAUGAGAUGUGAUGAUCACAGGAAUUUAGGAGAAGGAAGUCAUCUUGGAUCUUUGGGUCAUCACGCUCCAUCAAAAAAAUAUAGUGCAAAAAUGGAUACAAACAUUCAGAGGAACAUUAAAGAGCCAAACUCAGCUUCCUCCAGUCAGUCUGAUCAAAAAGGUCCAAGUGAUGGAGACCGAAUGACUGCUGAGCUGAGAGACUUCAUAGAACAGUUCAUGCAGAAGGUGGAAGAACUCAAACUGAGUGUAAGUGACGUAUCAGUUAGUACAGCAGAACAGCAAGUGAUACUACGGUCAAUGAUGGAAGCUCAAGACCAGCUGGAGAGGAACUACAUCAGUAAGAAGGAAGAGCACAGAGCUCUAGAGAUGCAGAAUUAUAUGGGUCUGUCCAGGAACACUGGCACCUUUGACCCAGACAGGCUGUUGGAAGGAGAUAUAUUCAGGAUAGGGAUGCACCUUGAAGACAUAAAGGAGGUGAUAGACAAAAAUGCUUGUGAUCACAUCUCCAAACCACUUUCAUCAUCUGCUCCCACACCAACCACAGAAUCACCGUGUGUGAUGUCCAGUACUUUCUACCUGCCCACGCCCUCAUCUCCACCAUCCAUGCAUGAGCCCCAAAUGAUCUACCCGAGUCUCAUGUUCCAGGAUUUGAGAGCCCCAUCUUCCACUGUGCAUUAUGAGAUGGAGAAAGGGGAAAAUAUCACAGAGGAGACCAGUGAGGACUCAAAACAUGUUGGAUUGGAACAAAGCAAUAUGUUGGUAAACCCAGAGACUGGAUUGAAUUAUUCUGGACAGAACAGCUGCAAUUUAAGGGGCUCACAAGGCUCUCUGGAGGGUCUGGAUACCUUCCCAGCUAACGAUGAAGACGUCAGUGACAAGGAGUCUCAGUCUGUUUGGUCAGAGGAGAUCGUCCAUAAUGACAACUUAACACACCCAAAUGUUGCCAGCGCACCUUUGAGGCAGAGGCAGCAGAUACCUGAAAGCAGGUUUAUUAGCCAAGUUACAGCGCUGAGCCCAGAGGGUGAAUGUGUGAGUGUUGCUGUGAAAGUUUCUUCUUCCUCUAAAGCACCUCAAGGGCCAAAAAUCCAAAGUGUGUCAGACCCCUUUCACAACCCAUUAUCUCUAUCACAGACAACUGUGAUGCCAGAGACAGACAGUGGGUUUGAGAGCACCUACUUGAGGCAACCAGCUGUGGGGCCGUUUCUGUUCACAAAAAGCGGUCAGCCCCAGAACUAUGCUUUAAGUAGCUCAGACAGUGAGGGCUCUUACUCCAACCUGCAGACAGCCAUCCAGAUAUCCACCAUGACCAGCCAGAAGAGGACCAGCCCACAGACAACUGUCCAGACACAGUCCUGUGAAGCAGCAACUGCAGUGGAGCUGUGGGUAGAAAGCACCACAAAACAGCCAUCAGUCAGGCUGCAGGGACCUGAUCCCAUUCUGCCAGCUCAGCUCCACCACAACCUUUCUGAACCCAUACUCAGCACCACCAUGGAUGCCGUACAAAGACAAAGUCAUCUCUACCCCUGCUCUUGUCACAGUGAGACUAUCCUGGCAUUGCAGUUAGAGGUGUGCAGGCUGAAGAAGAACCUGGCGGAAAGCCUAAUCCAGCUGCCACACCUCUCACAGAAAAUGGAUUACCUCACCGCCAAAUUCAGACAAGAUCGCCGGGAACGGAGGUCCAAAACCAGAAACAGAAUCCACCACAGAUCUACCUCUAACAGUGCCACUCUGGCAGGAAUGGAGGACUGGAUCUCUUCAGACAUGGACCACAGCAAGAGCAAAGGGCCACAGAGGUCUGACACCAGCUGCUCGGAGAUAAUGCUGCAGUUAUACAGUCCACCUGGAGGGGGCAGGAGAAGCAGUGGCACUUUAUGUUGCUCUGAACCAGAGUCGUUUGAUAACCUUCAGAGGUCACUGAACUCAGGCAGAGGACACAUUCUUUCCUGCGUUUCCAUGACCACGGCAGCAGUGGACAACUUUUACUCCAAGGAGACAAGACUUCUUCCGUCCUCUCCAUCUCUCCAGAACUCCCUCCUGCAGCUGUACUGUGGCUCCCCCUGCAGCCUGUCUGCUAGCUUUAAAGCGAAGGAGCCACUGCUGCAGUCUGCAUCACAUCAGCAGAGGCGCUGCACCAAGUUGAACACAACACUUCUUCCCGGCAGCGUGGACGUGCAGGGAACACAAUCCCCGGGCUCUGUGGCCUGCAAGGCUGGUAGAAGGACAGGAAGACACAGCCAGAAAUGUAAGGAGGAAGAACUGAACAGGACUCUAGAUCGGGCCAUUGAGAUGGCCCACAGCUUGAAGAGAGCCACUGACUGCAUGGUGAUGAGACUGUCAGCUGAUCUGGACAGAACAAAAGUGCCCAAGAAACCCCACAACAUGCAGCCACUAGUGGGCAGGAAAAACCACACUGUUUAACACCCACUGAUCAGCGUUCAACCUGAAUGUCAACCUGCUGUGAUGCAUGAUGCCUGCAGUCUGCAGAACAACAGCACACUUCAACAGUAACAUACAUUCAUACAUAUAACUG